CUGUCGUCGGCGUCUUCACAGUGCCAGUCGACUGCGCUGCUAUCGUUUGAGCGCCAGUUGUAUUUUGGUUUUUUACCGUUAGCUCAUGCCACAUUCGAUUUUAUUAACGUUUUUACAUUCGUGGUGUACGCGCGCGCACAGCUCUUCAGCUAAACGGUGUUUCUAUGCAGUUUGCAAAGUGUGCGAAGAAGAAAGUUAAGUUGAGAAAAAAGUGUUGCAGAAACAAUUGAAACGCCGCAGUUUUAUCACAGUGCUUAAUGUAUAAUUGCGGAUAUCGUUUGGCAUAACAAGCUGUGCAUUAUAUAUACUUUUGCAUACUUUUACAAAUACUUUUACUGCGUUUACCGCAUGCUGUUUUCGAAAAAUAGGCGACGCACACUCAAGGAAACACACAAAGCAGCUACACAAGGCUAUAAGAAACCACAUAAAAAUAAUAACAACAACCGCUACAACAACAAAUGCAAUAGCACAUAUCACAUUUAUAGCGAACAUUGCAGCUGCCGCAUAGUUGUAUCGAAUAACAACAACAACACGCAAAGCAACAACAUAUAAUUUCAACAGCCGCAAAUUGUUUAUGUGCACAAACGUUUAGAGUCACUCCAGAGCGCACCCCAGAGCCGAGCGCCUCAUUUGAGGCACGCGAGUCAGCUACCAGUUUGGCGGCUAUUACUACACGACAUUGUUGUAGUUUGUGUUCACAACGGAACAUGAACGGCAAUUAAGUGCGCCAUCAACAGCAACAACAAACAACAAACGCCUACAAAAUAUUGAAGAAAGAAAAAAAAAACAGUGAAAGAAGCAAAUCAAUGCAAUCAGCGCACCUACAAAUACACCGCUGAUAGUUUGAAGAGCCGUUAAUACCAAGUGAUUACACGAGUUGCCGCUGAGAAAGAAGAGCACAUCAAAGCAGAAAUAAAAACAAAAACGAAAAUAAAACUGACAAUUAAGCGCGUGAGUUGACCGACAGCCAAAGCAGCGGCAGAGACCAACAACCGCAUUGUGGUCAUAAAACGAAGCGACAGCGGCGCAACAUAACCUCAAAGCUAGCUAGCUGGCUACCGCAAUAAGCGCGUGAUAAUAUCAAAGCUACAAACAACUUGUUUGCAUUUUCCUUAAAUUGCCGCAUUUAAUGGCAAGCGCAACAACACAACAACACGACGACGCGCAACAUAAACCAGCUGCACGAGAUAUCCGCAACAGGUACACAUCGCCGACAGCAACAACAAGCGCAAUCGGCACACAAGCACGGCGCGGCAAUUCCGAAACGAAUUAGUUCAAGCGUGUGCGCACAUGUUACAUGCAACAAUAACAAUAACAACUUUGGAAAACAUAUUUACAACAUAUUUGGCGCAAUAAUCGCCAAUUGACUAACGUCAAGUGCAACGACCGCACUGCCGCCGCCGCCGCCAUCACCGCCACCACCACCGCUGCACGCGCUGCAACAACCUUGGCCACUACAAACGGAUUACCACAGCUGGUUUCGCUGUUUUGGUUUUGAUUACUGUUGCACAGCCACAGCCACAACACUCGCGGCAGCACGAUUUUGGUGUUUGCAAGUUCAAGCGCAAGCGCAAACGCAAACGCGGCAAGUUCCGUUCAAUUAGCGAAGCGUAACCAUAAAGAAGGCGACGGCCGCAACACGCCAAAGCGGUUUGUGUAGCACGCAAGCAGGAAGUUGAUGCACAGGAACCAAAGCGUGUGCGAUUCGCAAACGCUGCGUGACUAAAGAAACGCGCAUGUGUCUGUAUGUGAAGUUGUUGCAACAUUUGUUGCCGAAACAUUGAAGAGGUUGUCAACCUGCAUUUUAAGUUGCGCGCGCGCGCUCACUGUCAACACUACGCUAAGCGCUAAGGAAUGCGAGGCGCGACUUGGAGUGGCAACAAUAGUAACAACAAAUACAGUUAUUAGGAUAUUAAAUUUAUGCGCAACCUUGAUCUUGGUGGACACAGCAACAUAACCGUUUAAGCGUACUUCCGCGCGCCUUGUUGAAGUUAAGCACAUAGUAAGCGCGUUGCUGCUGCGCCUAAGUCUUUCAAUAUAUUGACAACGAACAGCGUUACAUCGCUGCAGCUUUCAGUGUUAACACAACGUUCCAACGCGCAUCACUUCCACCUACCGUACCUGACCUCCAACAACCUUUACAACCCACACCCUUUAAGUGCCGCGCUCAAUGUAAGAUGUUAGCUAUCGCCAAAUGGAGUCUGCUAGCCACAAUUGUUAACAGUUUGCUGUUAUGCACUUUAGCCAUUGAACGGCCGCCAGCGCUUGGCAACGUAGGCGCAGCGUCUCAAACUGCACCCGCGCAUCAACACGCCACACAAACGACGCGGAAUGUGCGCGAGAGUACAGUGUAUACCGCGGCGCACACAACACAGUUGCACCAAACACCAUGGUUGAAUGCAGCUGGAACAGUUACUGCCGCCGGGCCUGCCGCGGAGAGUCAACGCACCGCGCGCAACCUUUAUGCGCCCUUCAAUACCUUCAGCAAGUUGGAUGAAGCGCCUUUCACGGAUUGGCACCGACGCGCCGAUGGCACAGUGGUGCAAACGUUUGGCGCGUAUCGUAGUGGACGCGCCCUUACAGCGCCGGCGCACCAGCCACAAGUUCAACCACAUGCUCCGGCACAACGUCGCUCUGAUGUCAUUACCACCGUCGAGGUAAUACCAGCACCAGGAAUUGAACUCUCCAGCAGUACCAAUAAUGCUGCGCCCGGUAAUGUGCCCAUCACAAUACCGAAGCAAGUCGUGCCUGAUGCUAAUGCCGCAGUAGCCGCACCAGUCGCAGCGCCAGUUGUAGCGAAUGCGACGCGUACUUCGCGCCAGCGCAAUUAUGUAUAUAUACCGUUGCAACAACAAGCUAGCAGCACCACCUUGCUACCAAAACGCAAUAAUACCUCCUUUGGGUAUUUGGGUCCACCAGCGCAUGCUGUCGCUGCAGCUGUACAGGAAUUCGGCGAUGAGUUGCUAAAUGCGCGCACCGAUCGUAGCGAUUUAGCAAUUGCGCCAGCGCCCAGCGCACCACUCACGUCCACAGAUAAAGCCGACUUCGAUGAUGAUGAUACAGCGCGUCGCAAUGGUUUUAAGUUCCCGAGUUAUAGCCUAAAACCAGCUAGUCCCUUCUACCCACAAGGUUAUCGCGAGGAUAACCCCAUCUUCGGCGAAACAACUGGCUUUGAGGCGCCCUACAGUGAGGAUGCGCUAGCGCAAGACACACGCCAUACGCGCCAACUAAUCUAUGAAAACGGCGAAGCCACGCCUAUUUCACAUCCUUUCGAAUUCCCCGGUUUGGUCUCCAAUAGUAAACCGCAUACUUUAAACUCCGCCAUCGCUGCUGGUAAACUAUUCCGUGAAGAGGUGACCAAAUUCGGUGAUGUGAACGGUCCCAUAACAGCUGUUCCACAACGUCCACAACGCGGUUUGUUCUUUGGUGAUACAGAAUUUCGUACAGGUCCGCCACGCCCAUUUGCGCCGCAGAAGGCGUUCAAUGAAUACAUUGGACCAAAUGGUCCGGUCGAUUAUCAGAGUUCGAGAAAGAGCCGCUUUUUCCCUUUCAAAUCAUCACGCAGUCCUAGGGUCGUCUUUCCAGUAAAUGAUAAUAUUGGUACAACAGGACCUAGUGGCACCGGAAAUGGCGUAUACUUUAACGAUAACGUAGCCUUUAGAGAUCAAAAUUUCGGCAUCAACGAUUUGGCUGCCAUACAAGAUGUACGCAACGAAUUCAGUUUGCAAGAUAUUGACGGCACCUCGGAGAGCAGUUUAACAGGCGCGCCCUCGUCUGGUACAUUCAAAGAAAAAGUCGAUAUCACAACCGAACUAGAAUGUCAACAUCGCGGCGGUACUUGUGAGUUUUUUCUCGGUUGUUGGAUGAGCGGCGGUCUACUGCAGGGCACAUGUAAUGGCCUGCUCCGCGGUUGUUGUCAUCGCACCGCAAAAUCGGCCAACCUACGCACCUCCGAGUAUGUGGGCAAUACAAUCGAUUUGACUGAUCUUCCGCACAAAAACUAUGGCCCGGUUAAAAAUGAUGCCAGUUGCGGCAUUUCGCUGGCCAAACAGGCCGCUCAACGGCGCAUAGUCGGCGGCGAUGAUGCCGGUUUCGGUUCGUUUCCAUGGCAGGCGUACAUACGUAUCGGCUCCUCGAGAUGCGGCGGUUCAUUGGUGUCGCGCCGUCACGUCGUCACCGCUGGUCAUUGUGUGGCACGUGCCACACCGCGUCAGGUCCAUGUCACACUCGGCGAUUAUGUAAUCAACUCAGCGGUUGAACCAUUGCCAGCCUACACGUUCGGUGUGCGUCGCAUCGAUGUGCAUCCGUAUUUCAAAUUCACACCGCAAGCGGAUCGUUUUGAUGUGUCCGUUUUGACGCUGGAACGGCCGGUGCACUUUAUGCCACAUAUAGCUCCUAUCUGCUUACCGGAGAAGAAUGAGGACUUUCUGGGAAAAUUCGGUUGGGCAGCGGGUUGGGGUGCUCUGAAUCCUGGCUCAAGACUGCGCCCGAAAACAUUGCAAGCCGUGGAUGUGCCAGUGAUUGAGAAUCGCAUUUGCGAACGCUGGCAUCGUCAAAAUGGCAUCAACGUUGUCAUUUACCCCGAAAUGAUGUGCGCUGGCUAUCGCAAUGGUGGCAAGGACUCCUGUCAGGGCGACUCUGGUGGUCCGUUGAUGCAUGAGAAGAAUGGCCGUUGGUAUUUAAUAGGCGUUGUUUCUGCGGGCUACUCGUGCGCAUCGCGCGGUCAGCCGGGCAUCUAUCAUCGUGUACCCUAUACGGUAGAUUGGAUAUCCUAUGUGGUUGGGCUAACAACGAACGUGUAGUAAAAGGGAUUUAAGGCGACUUCAUUUAUUUCUUCAAAUCUAAUGCGAAAUUGUAAGACAAUUCGCAAAUUAAAAA